UCCAAUACAAAUGCAAAAGCAAAUCAACCGCACCUCACCUCACCUCACACACAGCACAAAUCCAAAAGCAGAGUCAGACUCAUCUUACUUCCUUACUAUUACUCAUUAUUAUUAUUACUAUAUCUUAUAUCUUUCUUUAUCUCUCUCUCAAGUUCUUCUCUUUAGCAGAAUCUUUAUUUAAUAGUUUUAUAACUUAUUGAAGGUAUGUGUAACCCCAAACCCUCGUCUCCAUUAUCUUCAUUUCUCUGUUCCAAGAAAACCCUUCUCAUGAAUCCCACCAAAACCCUCGAUUAUCAUUAUUCUGAUGAUCAAGAUCAACUUCACAGAUGGCCUACUCCUUCUGAGGCUUUAGAGGAAGUCAAGGCCAUAGGGAAGAUAUCAGGUCCAACAGCCCUAACGGGUCUUCUUCUCUACUCCAGAGCCAUGAUCUCCAUGCUCUUCUUGGGAUAUCUCGGUGAGCUUGAGCUCGCCGGAGGCUCGCUCUCCAUUGGGUUCGCCAACAUCACAGGCUACUCUGUGAUCUCCGGCCUGGCCAUGGGAAUGGAACCCAUUUGCGGUCAAGCUUACGGCGCCAAACAACGGAAACUGCUUGGCCUGACAUUUCAGAGAACAGUCCUCCUACUCCUCUCAACUUCAAUACCCAUCUCUUUCAUGUGGCUCAACAUGAAGAACAUCCUUUUAUGGUGUGGCCAAGACCAGGAGAUCUCUUCUGUGGCUCACACUUUCAUCCUUUUCUCUGUUCCUGAUCUCUUCUUCCUCUCUCUCCUCCACCCUCUACGAAUAUAUCUCAGGACUCAGAACAUUACAUUGCCGUUGACUUACUGUACUGCCAUAUCUGUUCUUCUCCACGUGCCUUUAAAUUUCCUCCUGGUCGUGAAAUUACAAAUGGGUAUUUCAGGGGUCGCCAUGGCCAUGGUUUGGACUAAUCUUCUUCAAUUUCUUUUGCUCGUCGGCUUCGUUUAUUUCUCUGGGGUUUACAAGGACUCGUGGGUCAGACCCAGCAUUGACUGCUUGCGUGGCUGGUCUUCGCUGCUGUCUAUGGCGGUUCCCACUUGUGUUUCCGUCUGCCUCGAGUGGUGGUGGUACGAGCUCAUGAUACUGCUCUGUGGACUCCUCGCUAAUCCGAAAGCCACCGUUGCUUCCAUGGGGAUCAUGAUUCAGACCACUUCCUUGGUCUACGUCUUCCCGUCCUCACUGAGCCAAGGCGUCUCGACCCGUGUCAGCCACGAGUUGGGCGCUAACCGGCCCGCCAAAGCUCGCAUUUCAAUGAUUGUGUCGUUGGGCUUGGCGGUCUUGGUGGGUCUAACUGCCAUGGUAUUCACCGCCUCGAUGAGGCACCAAUGGGGUCGGCUCUUCACCGAUGAUGUCGAAAUACUGGAGUUGACCGCCGUGGCAUUGCCUAUCGUCGGGCUUUGCGAGCUCGGAAACUGUCCGCAAACUACCGGGUGUGGGGUCCUCCGAGGCAGUGCUAGGCCGACAAUUGGAGCUAACAUCAACUUGGGGUCUUUCUACUUGGUGGGGAUGCCUGUGGCUGUUUUCACUGGCUUCUUCCUCAAAUUGGGCUUUCCCGGGCUCUGGCUAGGUUUGCUUGCGGCCCAAGGCUCUUGUGCCUCACUCAUGAUUUACGUUCUGUGCACUACAGAUUGGAGGGUUCUGGUAGAGAGAGCUAGUAAUCUCACAAAAAAUGAACAAUAUUGUAACGACAACACCAGCAGUAAUUAUAAUGAUACUAAUAUAAGCAAUAACAAAAACGAAAAUCUUGAGGGUCCGCCAUUGCCAAUAUCUUCGUCGACGUCAGCAGCAACAGUAGCAGAUGAGUCUAUGAUAAUCAAGGAAGGAAAUUUCAAGAAGGGUAAUAAUGAUCUUGAAGAGAUCAUAGUAGUCUGCAUUGAUGAUAAUCAUGAUCCUGAUGAUGAAGAUGACCCACUACUCAUAUCUGAAGCUACACGUAGUAGUAGUGAUAUAUCUCACAACUGUCAACGGACCAUGCCGGCGGCACAUUGAUUAUUCAUCAUCAUUUAUUAAUUAUAUUUAUGCGAUGUAUUUUUAUUUUUCUUCUCGGAUCAGUUGUGAUAUUAUAGCAAUAAUCAUGUUGUAAAAAUAGGACGAGAGAAGAAUCGUAUUACUCUGAAGUGGCUGAUAAUAAUACUAAUAGUAGUAAUUUAGUAGUAAUAGUUCGUCGUAAAUAUAUAUUAUAUAUAACUUGGAUGGGCUAGUGUGAGUGUGCUAGUGUGCGAGUGAGUAUCAGUGGUACUUUUUUGUUUGUGCAUGAGAGAGAGAGAGAGAAGGAUGGGUUGUCGGUUGUUUUGAGGCGUGACCAAUAGGAUCUCUGGCGACCAUUAUUGUUGUUCUAUUCCAUAACAGGUAACAACCUUGACUACCUAAAAGGGAAAAUCAGCGUAUUAUGCUCUGUAAACAACUCUCUAUAAUAAUACUACAUAUCUUUAAUGUUUUAUUA